AGUUGCCUUUGGGCUUACGUGUACCCGGUCCAGGCUAAUUUUUUCCUAGGCCGCCCACGUUCCCCCCUCCUGUCAUCGUCCGUUCCUCUCUCGUCGGACUGGAAUCAUCGGAAAGCCGACAGACUUGAGAACUGAACGGUGAAGAACAUCUGAUCACAAGCUCUUUGAUUUCACUCCGCCGUGAACGAGAUGCCGUCUCUGCAAAGCGCUUUGCCGCCGGAGCUCGCCGACAACGUCAUUAGGCUUUACCGCGAGUGUCUUCGACGAGCUAAAUUCAUUGGUCACAAGCAACACAAUACGGAGUUGCUUGUUAAUCUGGUGAGGCAAAAUUUCAGAAGGAACGUGCGUGAGACUGAUCCAGAGAAAAUUCAAAAGUUGAAGGAUGAUGCUGCAAGAGGACUUAUAAACCACAUGCUUUAUGAGUCCGAGCAAAUGUCCGGUCGGAAAUUCAGUCAAGGCUCCUGAGGCUUUUUUUGGUCAAUGAUGCUCCUAAAGUAUAUUUUCUGCAGUUGAAUUUUCGGACUGCUGUGAAAUGCUCUUUUUCUUGAGGGAUGCCUAUUGUUAUCAAUUAUGAAACCUAAACAUCUGUAUGACGAAGCAUUAGUUUACGGAAUAACAAGGCAGAUUAGGAAUUUCAGAAGUCGUGGUCUCUAACCUUGUAUAGAUGCUGUCAUGAUUGAUCUUGCAGAAUGCCUUGCCUGGGGAAUAGAUCUUUCACCUCA